AUGACUGGAAUCAGCGCCUCCCAUUCUCGAGAGCUCUGCCAGUUGAUCGUCCGUCCCAUUUGCCGCCGCACUCUAUCGAUUAAGGUUGCAUAUAAAUUUCAAUUCUUGCUGUUUGAAAUUGCCAUUGUCUUUGCUGCCGCGUAUUGUAGUUUACACUUCAAAAUCCAGACUGUGGGGGAUGAUGAGAAGGUGAAUGAUGGGACUGAUGGGAAAGACGAUGUAAUGGAGGACAAUGAGAAGGUGGAGGAUGAAAAACAAGAGGACGUUGAGAAGGUGGAGGACGCACAGAAGGUGGAGACCGAUGAGAAGGUGGAGGAUGAAAGAAAAGACAACGAUGAGAAGGUAGAUGAUGAUGAGAAGGUGGAGGAUGCGAAGGUGGAGGACGUAAAGAUAGAGGUUGAGGCUAAAUUGGAGGACGGUGUGGCUAGGGUGAAUGAUGUGGAGGUUGAUCUGAAACUGAAGGAUUUGAAAGUGAAGGUGAAGGAUGAGAAGACUGUGGGGGAUGUGAAGGCAAAUGAUGACAAUGAUGACAAUGACGAUUUCCAGUUAUACAAUACUCCUCCUAAAGGAAAUUAUGGGAGGAGAGUGAGGAAGCCGAAAAAAGAUGACUCGUACACCAACCCUUCCUUGUCAAAAAUGCCCAAGACAAAGGAUCCUAUGAAAGUGAAUCACCUUCAAAAAUUUGAUGAUGAGCUACUUCAUAAAGUAAAGGCGUGGUUGGAUGAUCCAAAAACCGAUAAUUCGACAACGGAUUUACAUACGGUUCAAGCAAAGAAGGAAGUGUUGGUUAGAGUUGUAACAAGGCUUACAUGGAUUGAAGACGAGGAAAUCGAUGCAUUCUGCCAUCUUCUGCGGAAAAGGAUUUCCUGCUAUCCCAAAACAUAUAAAAAUACACUUGCGGCAAUUGGGGAUUGCGUAUUGUCGGAUAGAAUCAGGCGACUGCACAGGGAUUUUAUUAAGGAUCCUGCCAAAUUUCCAGUCGACGAAUUCAAAGACUAUUAUAUGGGCGCACCACAUAGAUAUAUGCCAGAGUGGUCUACAAUUGACGACGUCUACAUGCCAGUGAACAUUAACCAGAAACACUGGAUUUUAUGUGUAGCACGUCUUCAAAAGUACCGCAUUGACGUGUACGACUGUGACGCCUAUCUUUAUAAGAAUCUGGAUCCUUAUUUGAAACCCUUCUGCGACAUGAUUCCAUGUAUAUUCGCCAAAACAAUCACUCCCGGUGAGAGGGUAAGGUAUCCUAAUUUCAACUUCGAAGGCCCCCUCCAACCAAUGACAUACAAACGGUUUCCACACCCCAAAGUGAAAACCGCUGCUCCUAAGGUUGGAGAAGUCCCGCGGGCAACAGAGAGCGGGGACUGUGGGGUCUUCACGCUAAUGUACAUGGAACACUUGACCGCUAAUCAACCCGUGCAUAAUGUGACCUCAGAAAAUAUGGGAUUUUUUAGGCAGAAGAUGGCGGUCCGGUUAUUCCAUCAGAUUAUGGAACCUUAA